AUUCGUCUUCUCUUUUCGUCGGUGCUGUUCGGCUUCGUUGCUUCGCAGGAGGUUUAGAGAUUGCACGCGUCGCUUCUUCGGCUCCUUCGUGCUGUUCGACUUCGCUCCUUCGACGACUUUCACUUCCUGUCGGAUCGGAAGUUACGACAUUUUGAUCGGAAGCAACAACGGCAGCUCGCUGGCUGUGAAGAGGCGAAGAAGUUGCAGUGGGAGCUCGCUGUAGAAUUCAUCAAGCCGGAGUGUGAAGGCAUAGGCGGGAGCUCUCUUCUUCCUUGCAAUACGAGAUGGGCAUCAACCUCUUCGACGAUGAUGAACCCAGCACCGAUGAAGCGGACUUGUCCAAGAUUGAGAUCAACAAGGAUUUUGCUAAGCGAUUUGAGUACAACAAGAAGCGCGAGGCUCUCCAGAAGUGCGAGGAGCUCAAGAAGCGCGGCGUCAUCUCCGACUCCGACGAGUCUUCUGAUGAAUCCUCCGACGACGAAGAAGUAAAGGAUGACUUCCAGUUCUAUGAUGCUCUUGUUAAGGUGAAGAAGAAUGACCCCGCCAUCAUGCUAAAGGAUGCGAAGCUUUUUGCCUCAUCUUCUGAAGACGAAGAAGAAGAGGCAGAGGAGAACAAGUCUAAAGCAACCAAAAAGAUGAAACCUUUGUACUUGAAGGACGUCAUGGCUAGGCAAUUGAUUGAAGAGGGGCCGGAGUUUGAGGAAGAACCGCUGCAAAAGAACCCUAAGGUGUAUAGCAGAGAGCAGGUUGAAGGCCUAAAGGCUUUUCUGCAAGCAGAGAAGGAAGCAUUUGGGUCUGAUGAUGAUCAUGAUGUGAUAAUUGAGCAGAAGGAGAGCGCUAGAAAAGACACUGACGAUGAUGAGGAAGUUGAGAGGAUUCAUAAGGUGGACGAAUUCUUUGGAGAAGAUGGGAAUCUGAACGACGAUGAGAUGUUCUUGAAAAAUUAUUGCCUUAACACGAUGUGGGUUGAGAAGGAGGACAAAAGAACUUAUGAUGAUAUUGGGGUUUCAGAGGAUGAUGAUGAGCUGGAAAAACAGGAACAAUAUGAGGCAGAGUAUAACUUCCGUCAUGAGGAAGGGAAAGAGGAUCGAGUUUUGGGUCAUUCUAGGAUUACAGAGGGUUCAGUGAGGAAGAAAAGCAGCAACAGAAAGACACAAAGGAAGAGCAAGGAAGAGAGGAUGGCACAAGCAGAGUUUGAGAGGAAGGAGGAGCUGAAACAGCUGAAGAAUUUGAAAAAGAAAGAGAUUCAGGAGAAGCUUGAGAAGAUUCGGGCUACUGCUGGGAUUGGAGAGGAAAGUGCCUGCAAUCUUGAUGCGGCUUGCCUUGAGGAAGAUUUUGACCCACAAGAAUAUGAUAAGGCCAUGAAGGAGAUGUUUAGUGCAGAUUAUUACAAUACUGAGGACGUUGAUCCUGGUUUUGGAAGUGAUGAGGGGGAUGACCUAGAGAAGCCAGACUUUGAGAAGGAAGACAAACUUCUAGGUUUGACAAAAGGUUGGGAUUCCGUUGAUACAAUGGAGGGGUUUGAGGGUAUGAGAAAUAUAAUGUUGAAGAGAAAUGAUGAAGAGGAAGAGCCCUCCCAUGUGGAAGGUAAGAGGAAGAGAAAACGAAAGAUUUCUUUGAGAGAAAAAGUGCAACUUGACAAGGAACUGGAUGAGUAUUAUAAGUUGGACUACGAGGGUACCAUUGGAGAUCUGAAAACUAGAUUCAAGUAUAGGUCCGUGCCAGCUGAUUCAUAUGGGCUACAGACCGAGGAGAUAUUAAUGGCCAAUGAAAAAGACUUGAAUCAGUAUGUUUCACUCAAGAAGUUAGCACCUUACCGUGAGAAGGAAUGGAAGGUGACAUAUCACCAAAAGUUGAAGAAGAAUAUGAUUCUACAAGGAGUGAAAUUAGAUGGUAAAAUUUCUAGCAAGAAACACAGGACAGGAGAAAUCAAACUCGCCGGAGAUAUAGAUAAAUUAGGGGAAGCUAAUGGAGAUGCAAAUGCCUCAUCCAAGCGCAGCAGAAAGAGGCACAUGCAUGCCCACUUGAAAUUGUCCAAAUCUCGGUUAAUUGCUUAUGGAAAGAUCCCCUCUAAGUCCCAGAACAAGCAUUAACACAGGAGUUUAGAAAAAAACUUCCGUGAAAGCUAACUUAAGAUGGGGAUUCAUGUAUGCUGUGGCUCCUGAAAAGAACUGCUGAAGAAGAGCCGUUGAGGAAGAAGAAAUUUUUCUAUUUUGCAAGAUAGCAAUCAGCAGAACUAAAAGAAAUUAUCUUGUAAUAUUUAGAGCUAUUUUGUAGAAUAUUUAGAGAUGAGUUGUAAAACAUUUUAAAUUGUCUUAUAUUUGAACUUUUUUUUUUUAUCCAGACUUUUUAAAAUGUGCAUAUGAUUAAA